AUGCGCGUUCAAUCCGCGCCCUUGGUCACGAUGCACGCGGACAACCAGCACUACGACGCCCAGUGCUUCCUCAGCGUCGGAGAUCUGUGCUUGGGCCUCCUCGAGCGCGUCGCCGUCGAGGGCGCGAACACGUCCAACGCGCUGACGGUCCUCACGCGCAUGGCGGCGCUAACGAAGAUUGGACAAAAGUACGGCAAGACGAACCUCCUGGACGUGCGCUCCAAGUGGGACGGCACCGGGGUCUGGGCCGCCGCGACCGAGGACAUGUCGUUAUCCGACGCGCUGCGACGAUGCCUUCACAUAGGGCGCGAGGAGAGCCCGGGGAGCCCGAUGUUGCGUCAGUGCCCGCAUCGCUUCGCCGUCAUCGACGCGAGCGGCAUCGUCACGGAUAUCGUCGCGCAAAGCGACAUCGCGAUGUACCUCCGAAGAAACAUCGAUCUCUUGGACCCGUCGAUCGUGGACGCGACGGUAAAAGCCCUCGGCCUAGGGUCCCAAGGCAGCAGACGUGUCGUCACCGUCGAGGCGUCCACGCCGACGAUCGACUGCUUCCAACUGAUGCAGUCUUCGAACGUGCAAGCCGUGGCCGUCGUCGACGACGGCACCGACGCGAUCGUCGGCAACCUCUCCGAGACGGACCUCAUGCCACUGCAGUGCGACGCGUACGGCGCGCUCGCGCUCCCCGUCGGCGAGUUCCUCGUCCACGCGCACCUCAUCGUCCCGAAGCUCGACAACGACCGAAUGUUGUAUUCGCCGCAGACCACCGCGUUCGGCGCGGCGUUGAUGUGCGCGGGCAAACGACUCACCGUGACCGUGACCCCGGACGCGACAGUUCGCGAGAUUCUCGAUCUCAUGCACACGCGCGCGGUGCACCGCGUCUGGGUCGUCGACGACGCGCGAAGGCCCACCGGGGUGAUCGCUCUGUCCGACGUGCUCGCCGCGAUCGCCGUGGAGGUUGCCGGCGCCGGCGAGACCGACACGGCGAAGUCGAUGGCGCGGUCGACGGGGACGACGACGACGACCGCGGCGACGAGCUCCCCCGCGUGA